AUGAUUGUAUUGAAAGCAGAAGUAUUCAAUGAUGGGCGACAUACAGGAGAAAAUAUAGCGGGAAAGUUAGAAACUAUGUUGUCAUCAUGGGGAAUUCCCAACGAAAACGUAUUAUGUAUUGUUAGAGAUGGUGGCACUAACAUGAAAAAAGAUUCACUUGGAGAUGAGGACUUAAGUUUGCCGUCAUGUUCAAAGCCAAAGCGUCCUAAAAUAAGGAAUCAGGAUAAUGAAAACUUGGGCUCCAGUACCAGUCUUUUAGAAAAAUCUGUGACAUUAAAAGAAACUAUGAAAAUGAUGAUGGACUCAAGUGAAAGCGAGGAAGAACUAGAUAAUGAUAUUCCAAAUCCAUUAGAAGUAUUAAUAAAAAAAAUAUUAAUGAAUAAUUUUUGGACAAACGUAUUGAAAAUGAAGAAGACCCACUUCUUUGGUGGAAAGUAA